UUAUUAACUCAAAUCAUUCUUCAAACGGUCUAUUUCGUCAAAAUGGACAAGUACUACACCUUAGCGGAGGGCUGCCCCUUUGCCAGCAACAACACUGCAGUUCUGAUGAGAAACCGCGCUGGAGGAGGGCUGGGCUUACUUCAAGACACCCACCUCAUUGAGACACUGGCCCAUUUCUCCAGAGAAAGAAUCCCAGAGCGGGUCGUCCACGCCAAAGCUGUCGGAGCGUACGGCGAAUUCGAAGCCACUCGUGAUUGCAGCGAUUUCACUUCCGCCAGCUUCCUCAACAGUACCGGAAAAAAGACGCCUGUGCUGCUCCGAGUGUCAACGGUAGGCCCAGAGGCCGGAUCUGCUGAUACCUCUCGAGAUGUGCAUGGGUGGGCAAUGAAGUUCUAUACCGAUGAGGGUAAUCUGGACUGGGUGUUCAACAACACACCUGUUUUCUUCAUCCGUGAUCCCAUCAAAUUUCCAUCCCUGAAUCGAUCUCACAAGAGACAUCCUCAGACCCACCUACCUGAUGCGAACAUGGUAAGUCUCUAUCUUGAUAAAUCAUUUAUGAGCAAGUCGACUUACACCCUCCAGUUCUGGGACUUCCAUGUCGGCAACCCAGAAGGCAUGCAUGAGCUUCUACAUCUUUUCAGUGAUCGUGGCACUCCCAAGUCAAUUCGCCAUAUGAAUGCAUACAGUGGGCACACUUACAAGUUUACCCAGCCCGACGGAUCAUUCAAAUACGCCAAGAUUCACAUCAAAACAACGCAGGGAGUAAAGAACUUCACCAGGGAAGAAGCAACCAGAGUCGCGGGCGAAAACCCAGAUUAUUUGAUCCAGGACAUGUUUGAGGCAAUUGAAAAGAGUAGCUAUCCUGUGUGGAAUGUCUAUGUCCAAUUGAUGAGCCCCGAGCAGGCCGAGAGAUAUCGGUGGAAUAUCUUUGAUAUGACAAAGGUUUGGCCACAUGAGGAUUUCCCACUGCAGCAAAUCGGCCGCUUGACCAUGAACCGGAACCCUCGGAACUACUUCACGGAUAUUGAGCAAGCUGCAUUUUCUCCAUCGACCAUGGUACCUGGUCUCGCUGCCUCUGCUGAUCCUGUUCUACAAGCUCGACUUUUUGCGUACCCAGAUGCUGCCCGGUAUCGACUAGGCGUGAACUACCAACAGCUUCCGACCAAUGCCGCAAAGGCGUCUGUCUAUUGCCCCUUCCAGAGAGACGGAAAGAUGAGAUUUGACGGCAACUAUGGCGCAGACCCCAAUUAUGUGGGCUCCUCGCUUCAACCGACCAGAUUCUAUCCCGAAGUAAAAGGGAUAAAUGCCGCGGUGUUGAGCCUGCACACUGAACACGAGAAAUGGGCCGGGGAGAUUGUGUCCUAUACAAGCCACGUCACCGACGAGGACUUUGUGCAGCCUGCGGCAUUGUGGGAUGUCAUCGGCCGUGACCCCGGUCACCAGGAUCGGCUUGUUGGAAAUGUUGCUGCCCACCUGAAGGGUGUGAACAGCGCUGAGCUGCGCUCAGAAGUAUAUGGUACGUAUACUGUCUUUUUUCUAUCGAAAGCCAAAGCAUGGAAAUGGAGUUUGAAAUCUCGGCGCUGA